AUGACCGGCUCGCGAGCCGCCGUUGAGCAGAUCUCGAGCCCGGGCAACGCGUAUUACGCCAUGCACGCGGGCGCUGUGCAAGCCCACCUUCCGCCGCGGUUCGGGAAUGCGCGGUAUCCUCAUGUUCUCCAUGUUGCGGCCUAUAAGGUCCUCCUCCCGGCCUUGCGGGGCUCGGAUCCCCAUCUGCCCCUGUCUGUGCACCUCGUCAUCUUCGUUGCUUCCGCCGUCCUUCUCCCAAUGCCUCGUCUCUUCCCCAGUCUUGGUCGCUCCUCGAAGGAGCAUGCUAGUGCGUACGCUGGGUAUGACACCUACGAUGCUCCCCAUGGCUAUUACGACGACCAUGGGUACGAUGAGCAGGCACCACCCAGCUCCGCCUGGCGCCGAGUUUUUGCUAAAAAGCCAUCGAAGAAGAAGUACAUUAGACCAGAACAGGUGGUUCCGUAUGCAACUCCCCAAGAAUACCGUGCCACCAUCGAGCAUUGGCCAGAAGAGCCGAACUAUCCGGCAGAUGGUUUCCCCGACGACGAGGAUUCGUCAUACGAACAUCUUCUUCAACAUGGUUCCCGCCCUCGCCCUCCAGAGAGCCCACCCCUAGUUGAGCGCGAGAGCACCCUCGAUCGGAUUGGGCAAGCCUUUGGUGGCCCCGACCCUUACGCUCCCACUCCCAUCGACACCGUUCCUUCUGGGUCGCGUGGUGCGCCUUUCUAUGCUCCUCAGCCUCCUCCCAGCGGUCCCCCACACGUCGCUGUGAUGUCGAAUAUGCGCCAACGUCCUACCCUCCCCGAGGCGACCGGAUGGCCCACCCUCGGCGACGAGAACGGGAGCAUAGCGAGCCACCCGGAUAAGCCCGGCGCGCGAUCAUCCUGCGUACUGGACAAGCCGCUCGACCCGCGCGAAGAACCCCCGGUUGUCGUGGUCGUUGAGCAGGGUAAGAACGGGAAGAGGGACAAGUACUAUAUCAUUCCCGGAGGAGCGCCGGUCAUAUUCGAAGACGCGGCCGGUAAUGAGCUCACUCGGGUCGGAGACUUCAGCGGCCGUUACCGACCCCCGACACGUCCACGCCCUGUGAUUGUCCAAGACCAGUUCGGUCGUGAGAUAUGCCGGGCCGGUUUCAACAACGACGACCGCGUGUCAGUCGGCAGCCGUUCAGUGGACGAUUACUCCGAAAGUGGACGAUCUUACCAGCGUGGUCGUCCCGCGGAGCGUACUCCUGUAAUACCCGGAACGAGAACCGCUCAGCUCCUCAUCUCUCCCGUCAUGACGCAGCACAACAUGGGUCGCGUCGACAAGGCUCGCACCAAGAGUCGCGCCAUGGAUCGCCUCGGCAGCCCGAGUCAUCUCGGACACAAGCGACUCCUACCCCCGGCUCAUACGAUAGAGAUCCACAUUACCAACCCUCUGGCAGAAGACGCGCGUACACCACGCGCGAAGAUAUGGCAUAUGUGGACCCUAGAAGCGCAGAUCCAAGGGGACCGCGCAGCGACAGGAGCGGAGGCUCCAAACAUAGCUCGAACGACACACUAG